CUUUGCCAGUCUGCGUACCACUGCAGUCUCUUGAUUGUCUCGCGAUAUCAUCUGUGGUUACGGCCCUUGUUAUGUUGCAACCGAUUUUCGGUGGAAGUGUCCAAUUUCUCAACCCCCACCGGGCCGGUUAUGUCGUCCUUGAACACAGAGCACGGAAUAUGCGACAGAUGGCAUCGAAAUUACGACCAGUUCGGCCCAGAGGUUUUCCAGUGUGAAAAGUGAGCGUGCGAAGUGAGGAUGUCGAGUUUACGGUACGAGGGAUGUUUAUAGUCGGACCAUGGUCGGACAUACAUGUACACCAAGCAGAUUGGCCAAGGUGUGGAGCACAUCUGCCGAUAGGUUUUCCUCCAGAAGGGCGAGAGAUCAGACACUUCACAAAAAGAACUCAUGCACGACUGCACAGGUCCCUACUUGUGAAUAUAGUAAGUUAUAGACUUCAGUUUGUACGAAAACUGUAAUUCAACCACAUGCAUGGACCAUAGACUUCGAGAUUCGUGUGUAUACGAUUGAGAAUUUUGUGGUACUGCUGUCGAGGAUGCCUUGUGGAUUUCUACACGCGUUUAGUAGAAACAUUGACUUUGCAGUUAAUUAAGAUGUCAAGACAAAAGUUGCUGCAUCUACUAAUGCAUAUGUGGUCUGGAUUGUAUAUUUUUAGCUCUGCCCAAUUAUUAAUUCACGGUACUUCGAGCAUCUUUGGUUGGGCUUUCCCGCCGUAUCAACCGUGAACCGGCGCCGGUUGACUCACUAACUGUGACAACAAACUAAAAAUUCCUUAUCGCCAAGGAGAGUGCUAACGCGCUGUACAUAACGUACAUGUACAUGUAAAUGCUGUGGUACAAAAUGUUGUACAUGUUGGAUGGGGGUUCAAGUUCUAUUUAUGGGAUAGACCAGACAUGAUAAAAUAAAACCAACUACAGUGGAUAGCAUAGGAAGUGAUCACCACGCCAUGUGAUACACUGGGCCGGAUAACGGUGACUUCUUCCCGCUCUUAGUCUUAGUACACUGUGAACUUUAGCAACAGUGUCUCUCUUCCGGCUGGUGUUUAUGGAAUUACCUUGUGAAAUAACACUGUGGGGAAAACCAAUUGCCCGUGAGAAACGAUCCUAGCCGCCACCGUGACAUAAAUGUAGAAAAGAGACCAGCGGCCUGUCAUUCCUAAGCCUGCCUUUGCGUGAGAACCACAUACCGAUAUUGCCACGAAUGGAUAUCGUACUUCUUAUAUUUCUGAGUUGAAUUCCACGUGUUCACCAAAGCUUAUCUUGUACAUGGAUCGUGUAUCUAGGAACGAACCAUGUGAUAGUCAUACCUGGACCUGUACAAUAUAUAAAGUACGAGGCAGGUUACAUUAGCGUUUGUCAGUGUCAGUACAGUCAUUGCUGCAGGAGAGAGCAGACCAUUUACCACCAUGACAUCGUUUUACUAUGGAUAUUUCAUCUUCUCAGUGCUAACAACACUGAGUGGAUGUCUCCCCAUACUUACCCAGGCCCAGUAUGCGUUUCGUAGUGAGCCAGAGGAUACCGCCGUUCAGCUCGGUGAGACGGCCACCUUGCUCUGCUCCGUGGAAAACUACCAAAAGACAGCCACCGUGGCUUGGUGGAACAACGCCUUGGGACAAUACAUCAGUCACAAUCGGCAUAUUAAACGAUCCACCCUGGACAGUGACAAGCUAGAACGGUACUCGAUAACUGGUGAUCCAGCUCUCGCAGAAUUCAACCUACAAAUACGGAAUUUCUCCAGUUCCGACGUGGGCACGUACAAGUGUCAAAUAUUCGCUUCGUCCACCACCCUGACCGUGAGAAAAUUUUCCCAUGCCGCUGAACUGACAGUUGCCCCAUUCGACCCUCGGUGUUACGUGGACUCAAAGUCCCGUAUGCCAAUGGUUGGAGACACGGUAGAUUUAGUGUGUGAAUCUCGCAACCCCGACUAUAGCGGCCAUUUAUGGUGGAUGUACGGAGGGAUGAUUUUGAGGGGGAACACGACGCGAUCGCCUGUAGUAAGAAACGUGGUUACGCGCGUUUUGACUGAAGCCGACUACGACGUACGAUUCAUGUGUUUAGAACAAAGUCGCACCUGUUUUCUGAACCCUCUUCGUCGGUACAUCUCAGUGCUCAUUCACACAGCCGUUGCUCAACCGCAAUUAGGAGACACUUUGACCUACAGGUGUGUGGCAAAUGACGACCUGACACCGCUAUCAUACAGCUGGCGCAUCAACGGUGUGGACGCGGCAACAGUCGGGGAUGAGUUGACCAUCGGACCGGUCAAUGCGCCACACAAUGGCAGCGUCAUAGAAUGCGCCGUCAAACACAUGUCUGGAUUUAAAGGCAAUGAUAGCAUGACAUUGCACAUCGAACCUACCGGAGAUGGGACUCGAACCAGUACCCCAGGAUCUACAGACAGUACUCCUUCCAAGAGCACGCUUGGAAUGGUACCAACAGGCACCCACAGUUCCAUUGAUUCUUCUCUUACACCCACUUAUCCCAUUCUCCUUGAUCAGCAAGACGCAUCAACAAAUCAAGAUGAUGGAUGGAAUGGGCUCUUUACGCCAUUCGUAAUCUGCGCUUCAGUGGUGGGGAUUCUCCUCACUACUGUCAUCGUUCUACUGACUGUCUUUCUUAACCGGCAGAGGGCUUCAAAUCGUCGAGUCACUGACGCCGCUAAAUCCAAAGAUGGUGCUGGGGGACCUCCAUCUGACUGCGUCCCCUUGGACCUCGUUGCUAACGGAGAUGGCAUUGUUAAUGGUUCACCAGCCAUCAGUGUUGGAACCUUGAAAGGUUUCAAGAACCCUGCUGGCUGUGGUUCGGUAGAUACCUUUGAGUUAGACUUAGACCCUGACAGUCAGCCCGAGUACUAUACGUUAGAACACAAUUACUACGAGGCCACGGACGUCGGGAGACUAAACUUGACUAUUUCCCGUAGCGAGAAUCAGGACUCUGGAUUUGACGGUAUUGAAGUCUCUGAAACUAUCACUCCUGACUGUGAACUGACUUCUCGCAAUCGCAAGUUUAGUUUCGGUUCUAGUCCUCCCCCACCCGUGCCGUCAAGCUCCGCCCAGCCUCAUACUCCCAUGGCCAUACCACACGAGUUUGAAGGCAGCAGUGCCGAGGCUGAGUCACUAGUUCCCGCGUACGCUGUAACGGACGUUGCACGCUCCUCCCCACCGGCACCGGACUCUAAACGCAUCCAUGCACGGGGAGGUAGUCUGAAACGACCGCUCCCUGCUCGCCCUACUGACAGUGGUUACAGAGCUCCUAAUGUUGUAUUUGCAGACGAGAGACCGUUCCGUCGAAUUGGGAGCAUGAAGUCACUGGGAGAGCCCGCUGUUGGAGCUCUAGCGAGAUCGAACAGUCUACAUCGACCACUCCCGGCAACACCCAGGGAUGGUGUUCUACGAACUCCCUGUACCCCAGACCCUUACCGUAACCCUAACUCCCUCAUCACUCGCAUUCCUCCAUUCUUAACCAGCGAUGCAACCCCAACCAACCAAACGACCAUUUCCACAUCCGAAACUAAAACAGACCCACCCAAAGAAACUGACCAACUCAUUAAAACCAAAGUGCCACAAAAGUACCCGAAACUAACCGUUCCCUUAGAACGGCUGUCUGCAGCUAUUUCAGUAAGCGAAGGUGACUAUGCGGAGAUCGACACUGAUCAAGAACAGGAAGCUAGCGACACAGACAGCUUGAUGUCCAACGGUUCUACCGGGGAAGAUGACGCAACGACUCGCGCUGAAAACGAGAGUCGGAGCACAGUAGAUAUCGAAGAUUUGGCUGGACAUGUCGCAAACGAGAAUACAGGAGUCGCUGGUGAGGAGGGAGUAUUUGAGAACGAUUAUGACUCGGUUGCUGACAGUGACGGAGAGGAAACCGAUCCUGUCCACGGUGAGAAAAACUCGCCUCCCGCCUCUAACUCAAAUUCGGACCACGACCGCCAAAUUCUGACCAAUCUCGAUGAUGCCGUCAAAGUUGUGGAAUAUCAGGAGAGUUCCCCAGAUGAAAAUGCCGAACGACCGGAGGAAUCAGUGAGUCAAAAAUCGCCCUUCUAUGCGAAAGUUAAGAGGCAAAACACCCAGGAAUUCGAGCAGAAAGAAGCGGACAUUAGUGAGGGAAAUUGUACCGAGUUUGACUUUGACGACAUCGUUUCUCAGCCGUGCGUCGUGGACAUUUCUCCUUCAAGUGGGACUUUGAGGAGAGACAUAAGUGAUUUGUGUCAAGAGAGGGCGGUACUACAGAGCGCCGAACCACCGUGUGCUUUGGUGAAAUAAUGUAAAGA